AUGAAACAUGCUCCGGACCAGUCCUCCUGCUGCUCGGACACCGGGGACGUUCUGAUCCGCUCCACCGGGACCCCCCUCCCGGACCUGGACUGGAGCCGUGAAGCUGGACCGGGACCCGGAGCGGUCCAGAUAAACGUCCAGAAGAUGCUGAAGACCCGACAGAGCCCCGAAACUGGUGCUCCUCCGCGGGCAGCGGCGGACGGGCAGCCCGGUCACGACCUCCUGACGUCACGUUUCACCCCCGGAUGUCGAGGAAUCGUACUCGCAGCUCUGAAACAACGCUCUCACAGCGCCCCCCGCAGGAGGGAAGUCAAAGUGAAGCUGCUGAACGCGGGGCCCCUCCAGACCAGCUCCCAGGAUGCAGUUGGGGCUGCGGGGGUCCGGACUCGGGAGGAGCUGAUCUCAGGUCGUCUGGGAGACGUCACCAACGCAGCAGCAGCCGCUGCAGCGGCAGCUGUCGCAGCUACUGCUCCUCUCAUCAAGGCUCAGUCAGACAUGGAGGCUCGGGUGUGUCAGCUGACAGACGGCGUUCAGCGGCUGCUGCAGGUCGACAGGGAGGAUGGGGAAAGGGGGUGGGGCCUAACCCAGAGGACGCAGCAGCACCAGGAGACACUGCACAGUCGACAGCUGCAGAGCCAGCUGCUGGAGUCGGCGCUCAAGAUAGUGACAGGCCACGCCCACAUGACCUCUACAGCUUCUGACCUCACAGUCUCUGGUCCCAACCCUAACCCAUCUCGUCUGCAGGUCACACACCUGGACAGUGCAGCAGACGCCCACGGCAACCAGCAGCAAAGCUCCCCGGCAACCACAGCUGCCGUGGAGACCAACCCAGUUGCCAUAGCAACACCCAGCUGUGACCGAAGGCCAGAGCAAACCAGGCGGGAGUUCUAUCACCAAGCUGCUCCCAGUGUGACCUCAUCAAUGCAGCUACACAAAGAGACUCACUCCCAGUCUCCUGCCAGUCCCAGUCGAGAGGCAGCGAGUGAAGCCCACGAGGUGAGGAGGGAGAUGGGCCUGAAACCUGAGAUAGAGAUGCUGCUGGCGCAGCCACAAGACUCUGUGAGGACUACCAGGCCUCCACCGGACCAACACAAGUCUCAGCAGAACCUGCUCCAUUCCCAACAAAUCCAGGACCAGCAGUCCCAGUCCCAACGACCUCAGCACCAACAACACAGCUCCCACACCCAACCAGUUCAGUCCCAACAACCCUAUUCUGAUCAAACCAAGUCUCAACCAAACCACUUCCAGUCCCAACCAUCCAGGUUCCAACCAAACCAGUCUCAGUCCAGAAAAGCCCUGUCCCAUCAAAUCAAGCCCCAACAAAACCAGAGCCAGUUCCAUUCCCAGUCUGUGAUGGUCCACAGAGGGCCUGUGGUACCAUCCAUGUUGGAGGAGGCGGGUGGGGUUCUGCGUCAGGUUCGGAGACAGAAGAAGGUUCUGGAGGAGAACCUGGAGGCUCUGCUGAGAGCUAAGAACGGAGAGGUCCUCCACUGCCAGCUGGAGGCCCUGGCUGCCAACAGAGACUGGACUCAGGCGGCUCGGAUCAAGAGGACGGUGGACGCCUGGAUCAGCACUUUGUCCACAGACGUCCAGGCUGAGACGUCCUCAGAGAGGGCAGCCAGGAGCUCCGCCCCCUCAGGGAGGGGUAGGCCAAUCAGUGUGCUCAGACAGACAGGAAGUAAGGUAGCAGGGCCGAGAGGAGGCCCAGGACAGAAAGCUGGACACAGAACGGUGCAGGGGGCGGAGCCUGUCCCAGGUGGGCUGGUAGACCGAGCCCAGGUGGAGGGGGAGUCGUACCUGACCCGUCUGUACGGCAGAGCUCCUCAUGAAGGUCUGAGAAGAACCCUGAAGAAGAGUCCCUACCUCCGCUUCACCUCCCCGGGGUCACCACGCAGCAGGAAGCCCCGCCCCCGCCUGGUGGAGAGCGUCAGAGGUGUGAAGGUAAAGUCUUGUAAGACUCAGACCAGCUUGACUCCUCCCCUCAGUCCAUCACCUGGACGACCGCAUCAUCACCUCAUCUUCAGCUCCUCCCACAUUAGGCCAGGUGACCCGGCUGACCCCGUUCCCAUGGCGAUCCCACUGGGUCAGUUAACAGGUCGUCGCAGGGUGAACUCUUCCUCCCGGUGUGUCACUCAGCAUCCACAGGAAAUGACAUCACCACCCACCCCUCCCACCACAUUCACUGUGGCUGCAGCGGUCGGACCACCUGAGCAACAACCACAGAGGGAGGAGCAGCUGAAUGCUGGAGAAGCUCCGCCUCUUGCUCCAUCACACGUUGUCAUCGAGACAAAGAGCGAGGAAGAGGAGGAAGAGGAGGAGGAGGAGGAGGAGAAUGCCUUCCCUGGUGCUGACUUCCUGUCUGUGGCUGAUGUCCUGCAGGUUUCCUCUGCUGCCCCCCAGGAGGAGGAGGAGGAGAGUGUGGUGGGUGAGGAGGUUGUGGAGCUGGAGGGGGGGCCGUCUCCUGGUCCGUUCAUGUACCAGGGUCCAGCUUUCCCUCCCCAGGCCUGCUCCGCCCUCCCUGCCCAGGGUCCGGCCUCCACCCGGGACCCAGACCAGCAGAGAGACGCCCUGGAGGAGCGGCUGGUGGAGUGGGUGGAGCAGCAGCUGAUGUCCAGGAUGAUCUCAGAGAUGUACCGCCCCCCUCCCUCUGACCCAACCAACAACCUUUCCACUGACCAAUCGGAGCGUGAGGAGCAGAGCUUCACCUCAGAUCUUGUGGAGGCGGUCGGAGCUGGAGGUCUGCAGCUCUUUGUCGACUCCAACGUGUCGGUGGACCCGGCUCUGAUCAGGCAGCUGGUUAACGAGGUUCUGACGGAGACUGUGGUGUCGAUGCUGGGAGAGAGGGAUCCACCGGACACAGGACCAGAACCAGGACUGGAACCAACGACACCAGGACCAGCCGCACAUCAGGAGGACAACCGGGUUCCACUGGUUCCCACACCGGUACCGACCCCUCCACCCAGCCCGACCAUUACCAUCAACCGAACCACGCCCCCGACCACGCCCCCGACAUCUGAGCCAACCAGCCUGCUGAUUGAGGAGUGUCCUCAACCAAUCACAGCUGCAGAGCUCAUGGUCACGCCCACACCCACUCCUGACCCCGCCUCAUCAGCAGGAAGUCCACCUCCCCUUCAUCAAGCCCCGCCCCCUCAGACCUGGCUAGAUGCUGAGCUGCCAUUGGACGAGGAGCGACCAGAGCAGCACCUGGAUACAGAGCAACAGCCACUGGUGAUGACAGUACAAGAGGAGGAGCCUCCUCUCUCCUCCCCCUCCUCGCCGUCUCCUCGUGGUCCUGAUGCUGACCCUGGACCAGUGUCCCCCUCCAGCUCUCUGAGCAGAGGCUCUGCAGCAUUGAAACACAUCUCAGAGGGGGAGGUGGUCUUCAGCGUCAACCAGCUGACUACUACCACAGAGGAGGGGGCCGUCUGCAGUUUCUCCAGCUCUCUACAGGAGGUCCACGACAUGGACUACGACCCCCCCAGUGAAGGCGAGGUCAGAGGUCACAGCCUCCUGCUGACCCUGCUGACCAAGAUGGAGCAGGGAGUCACACCUCGAGGAGAGAGACCAGAACCUGAGGGCUCCUGGGGGAGGCAGGACCAGGGUCAGGAGGAGGAGAUGAGCAUGGGAGAGGUGACAGACCAUUGCACUACAAAUCCUCACAGGACUACAAAUCCCACAGCCUGCGGGAGGAGUGCUGCUGCCCGGGGGGGUCAGAGGUCAUCACCUGGAGAGAUGGCUCCGGGUUCAGGUAGGAGGUCACUGGACCGGUGAUGAGUCAGAACCAUCACAUCUCACCAGCUGCUACUUCACCUUGUAUCAGAUUCUUUUAUACAAGUUAGUUUUAUAUGAAUUUAUGGGAUUUUGUCUGAUGAACACAAAGAGCUAAUGAAGGGAGCUGCUGCUGAUCUGUGAUCAGUGACUGUAGGGGGCGCUGCAACACUGCAGGUCUACACACAGUGUUGUGUGUCUGUGUGAGUGGAGCUCCACACAUCCAGCCACUCUGUCACCACAUCUCCAUACAAGGCAAUGAUUACACUGACUGAGCUGCUUCAGUGUGUGUCUGUGUGUGUCUGUGUGUGUCUGUGUGUGUCUGUGUGUGUCUGUGUGUGUCUGUGUGUGUGUGUGCACGUGGAGUUUAGCUCUGUAUGAGCUGAACUGUGUCUGUCUAAUUAAAACAGGAAGCGUGAGCGGGAUCAGGGUGUUCGGACGGGUCACACACACACACUCACACACACACACACACACACACACACACACUCGCACACA